UGCCGUCGUGAUUGGAUGUGUCUAGUGUGUUGUUAGUGAAAAGAAAAAAAUACAUAUAUAUUUAUAUGUAAUAUUUCUCCCACAGCAGAUAAAUAGCAUUGCCGUGUUUCGUGUGCCGCAUUAUCGGGACGUUGUGGGCAAAGAAGAAAGCGAAGGAAAAAGAUUUUUUUUUUUUUAUUUUUUGCGUUUUUGAAUUUUUGCGCCAAGUAUUUAUUCAAAUUCCCAGCUCAUGUUUGCAAAGGGCGGGAUCGAUAGUGAAACUACCAUGUUAUCCGUCAAUUCCAAUUGAUUGAUGCGAAUGCGAUUGGCAUUGGGUUAUUAAUCGCUGUUUUAAUCAAGAUCGACCCGACAGAACAAUUGCGAAGACCGUUCAGUGCCAACUAGACCACAACAAUCAAAGGCGAGAAAAUGACGGACCGCGACCCUAUCGGCCGGUCGGAUGAAAAGAAAUCAUCCGCUUUGCUAACGUCAUCUGAUUGCUAUUGCGGAGUCGGAAACGCGUUACCGUCAGCUCAGCUGGACAGCAAAAAUCACCUGGUCUGGCGGCGGUACUGUACCCUGGCGCUGGUCCUUUCCACGCUGAGUGUUCUGUUGUGCGCGGUGACUUGGUCGGAAAACGUCUCGGCUCAUCGGCGUCUCUUGCUGGUCGAAGAGCGACUCAAGGCCUCCAUCGCCAUCGAUGACCCGCAGCUCGACGCCAAAAUCCAGGCCAUACUGGACAACAAACUGAUGCUCUUCCCAACCAGUGUCGAUGCUGGUAGCGGUAGCAGUCAGGCUCGUAGUCGCACCAUCAGACAAGUCUCUUCAGCAACGGAUGCACCGACAGAUUGCCUCUGCCCGCCAGGUCCAGCUGGCCCGCCGGGCAAGAGAGGCAAACGCGGUCAGAAAGGUGACGCUGGAGAACCUGGAGUUGCGGGCCUUCCUGGACCAAUCGGCAAAAACGGAUUUCCUGGACUGACUGGCGCACGAGGCUACCCGGGUUUUCCGGGCCCUAUUGGGUUAGAUGGGCCGAAAGGCGAACCGGGUCGUCCCGGCGAGAAGGGCAUCAAAGGCGAAACGGGCAACAGCGGUUACGAUCUGCUAUCCACAUCUAAGCAGAACAUCAAGCGCUCUGUAUCUACGACGACCCACGCCGAUCUCUUCGGCUAUGGCACCGUUUACAUGGUCAAGGGUCUGAAAGGUUUGGGCUUCAACAUUGAUCCGGAGUCGAUACUGAUGCUCAAGGGUGAACCAGGAGACCCUGGACCCCCUGGACCGCCCGGUCCUCCAGGACCGACCGGCUUGCCUGGUAUUGACGGUCGAUCAGGACCCCCAGGUGACUCUGGACAACCGGGAGAUGCUGGACAACCAGGAUUCCCGGGUGCCCCAGGAGCUCCCGGACUUCCCGGAGCGCCAGGAAUGAUUGGCUUAGCUGGCCCUAAGGGCGAAAAGGGUGAUCGCGGACCGAUCGUGAACGUCGACGGUAAGAAUUUCCCCGGCGGGAUCGUCGAAGGCCCACCAGGACCACCAGGAGCUCCAGGUGUGCCCGGCGAAAAAGGAGAAGCGGGAGCAAUUGGUCCACCUGGCCGUGACGGAGAAAAAGGUGCUCGGGGCAAACGUGGCAAACGAGGAGAGUCAGGCGAAGCUGCUGAACGCGGAGCUCCCGGACUGCCCGGACCCAAGGGCGAGGUCGGCGAACGCGGUUAUCGCGGUGAAAAGGGUGAGAAAGGAGACAUGGGACUGCCAGGCGUGCAAGGUGAAAGUGGACUUCGUGGACCACCAGGUGCCGACGGCAACGACGGCGAGGUGGGAGCUCAGGGACCGCCAGGUCUACCGGGACAACCGGGACCUAAAGGCGAGAAAGGCGAGUACGGCGAUAUCGGUCCCCCAGGAUUGAUGGGACCCCCCGGUUUACCUGGACCACCUGGCUAUCCUGGCGUCAGGGGAGAGAAGGGCGACAAAGGAGAGUCGUCGAUUGGCAGACAAGGUCUUUUCAAACGAAAAUACAAAAAACUCAGGAGAAGACAGCAAGGGGAUGGCGCAAUCGAUGGAGUCCUCACUGAAGUUGUUAUGGGAGCUCCAGGACCUCCAGGACCACCAGGACCUUCUGGACUACAAGGCCCACCUGGGAUCAAAGGAGAUAGAGGCAACGAUGGCACUAAAGGCGAAGCGGGCGAAAGAGGUGAAAAGGGCGACUCUGGGCCGAUUGGCCUUCCGGGACCAAUGGGAUUGCGCGGAGAGCCAGGACGGCCAGGUGAUUUAGGCAAAAUGGGCCCAAUGGGACCCAACGGUCUUGACGGACUCAAAGGAGGCAGAGGAGAGCCGGGCAGAAAAGGAGAGCGAGGCGAACCUGGUCUACCGGGGACUGAUGGAAUACCUGGAAUCAAGGGUGAGAAGGGAGAAAAAGGAACUAAAGGUGACCUGGGAAUGAUGGGAAAGAAAGGCAAGAAAGGCGAAAGAGGACCGCGAGGUGAACAGGGUUCCCCAGGAUUGGAUGCACCAUGCCCGUUAGGUUCGGACGGCUUUCCCAUUCCCGGAUGCGGAUGGAGACCAGGAAACGUACCAUCUUACGGCGCGUCGGGAAGCAGCACCAACCGACCAGCUGGGCCAACUACUACGACAACAACCACACCCGACUCUAUUGAUUACGAAGACGAAGACGACUAUGACGAUGUGACGCCCGAACACAACGAGCGCAUCGGACGAUUUAAAUUAAUGGGACAGAUCGGAGGAGGAACCGGCACCACUGGAGGCGACACGGGAGAAAUCAAAUUAAAAAAUGUACAGUAAAAAAACAUAAUUACAAAAAAAAAAAAAUAACAAAAACAUUAACCCCAAACAAAUGAAGUAAUAAGAAAAAAAGAGCUCGCUUUUCCCCAAUCCCAUGAUGAAUAACAAAAAUUACAGCACGAGGUCCGAAGAGAGAAAGCAUGUUUGCUGGAAUCAUUUGGACCUCGAUGUCGACGUAUUUUUUUCAUUUAAUUUUCGUUCUGUGCGCGUUUUGUUCAUUAUAAUAUUUGACUAACAGUAUGACUACACAUUUUUUUUUCUCGGAAAAUAGAAUCAACUUGUUUGUUUAGUUCUUUUUUUUUUUGUCUUGUUUUUAAACUCUUGAACAAUUUGCAUGUCUUCGCAAGUAAACAACAAACGUUGCAGUGAUUCUGUUUGUUUUCUAAAUACCAUUGUUUUCCGAAAAUCAUGUAAAUUGCAUGCGUUAUAUGACCACACAGGGCGAUUUCUUUUUUUCUCACGAUUAUGUCCAUCCGCUCCAAUGCCGAUCAUACACAAACAUAAAGAAAACAAAAAAAUUCAACAAAAAAUUGUCUUGCCAAAAAAUUCGAAUUUCAUUUUUCUACAAUAAAUUCAAAAAUGAAGUUUCCAUUCAAUUCUUCGCUCGUGGCAGAAAUGAUCAUCGUAUCAUUCUCGGCGUCCCUCCCGUUUUUGGCCUACAAUAUCGAUUUACAAUGCCCAUCUUUUUUUUUCUCCUUUUUUCGAAUAUGCAAUCUGAAAUACUCACCGUGACAUUUGUAUAAAUGUAUUGCCUCCCUUCUGCGCCCUCCUGUCACUUCCUUUUUUCCCCCCUCGACGCGAUCUAUGCUAUUUAAUUAACAAAACAACAAACGGUUGUUAAAUAUGUGUAACUAUCUCUAUUGAACGGUCUUCGAAACGCCAAAAUUCUUCUUCUUUUUUCCUCCUCUUCACGUAUAACCCCCUUCUUUAAAAAAAAAAGCAGAAUAUAGUGUGUUAUUUUCCUCCCUUUUCUAACCCUUGUUUACCCAACCGCCCCCCAUAUCCUAUCACAUUACACAUUGCUGUACAUUUUCA